AUGGAGUCGGUUGAUGCAUCUGCUUACACAAAGACGGGCGGAAAGAUUUUUGAGCUUCUGGACAACGUUGUGGAGAAAGUUGGCGCAAAAAAUGUUGUCCAAGUUAUAACCGACAAUGGAAGUAACUUCAAGAAAGCUGGCCAAAUGCUCAUGGAAAAGCGGCAACAUAUAUAUUGGACACCUUGUGCUGCUCACUGUUUAGAUCUUAUGUUUGAAGACAUCGGUAAGAUCAAACAAGUGAAAUCAGUAGUUCAUAAAGGUAUUUCUCUUGUGAGUUACAUCUAUAACCAUACUACUUUGCUAAGCAUGAUGAGGAAGUUUACAGAGAACAAUGAGUUAGCUAGAUGUGGAGUUACUAGAUUUGCAACAAAUUAUCUCACUUUUAAAAGUUUGCAUAGACACAAAAAUGCUUUGAGAAAUAUGUUUGCUGAUGAAAGAUGGACCAAAAGUAAAUUGUCUAAAGAAACAAAGUGGAAACGAGCUAAUGGUAUUGUUUUCACCCCUACUUUCUGGAACAAUAUCACUUUUAGUAUAAAAGUGAUGAGUCCAAUUGUGAAAGUGCUUCGCCUAGUUGAUAAUGAAAAGAAACCAGCAAUGGGUUACAUAUAUGAAGCCAUGGAAAGGGCUAAGCUUGCAGUUAAAGCUGCUUUUGUAACAACCGUCCCAGAAAUGUUCUAUUUAAGUCCUUGA